AUCACGUCAAGAUACAUCCGUAUGGUUUGAUCCGCUUUAUUUUCCGAUCUCUCUUUCCCCUCUCGGCCCGGAGCUUGAUUUUACGGUUACUUAGCAUCCUAGAUUGAUAGAUUGUCGGACUAUUAAUUACGUCAAGGCUCUUAAUCACGCUAUCCUUCUAUAUUAUACCUACCUAGAUACCUAUACUAGCUUCUACAAUGGCUAAAGCUGCAAUAGGGCAAAUUUGCUCAUCGAAUUCGGUAGCGCAUAAUCUCGAGCAAUGUGUUAAGCUCGUAGGCCAAGCUGCGGCUGUAGGCGCGAAAGUCCUCUUCCUCCCGGAAGCAUCAGACUACAUCAGCACAUCAACACAAGAAUCCUUCUCCCUCGCCAAACCAGUCGCAACUUCACCCUUCGUAGCCGGCCUACGGUCCGCCGCAGCAAAGCAUAAACUCGCCGUCCACGUCGGCAUCCACGUUCCCGUUGUUGUGAAGCCGUCUACUUCUACUAUUAACUCAGUCCUAUCUUCCAUCGCACAAUCCGAGGAUCCGGAUACUAUCGCCAGCGUGAUUGACAAGAAAGGCGAAGGAGACGAGCCUAAAAUCAAGCUAUACAACCGCACAAUCUACAUCCGGCCCGACGGCGUCCUAGACGAAUCCGCCUUAUACAAUAAACUCCACCUCUUCGACUACCCCGACGCCUCCCUCCGCGAAUCCACCACAACACAAGCAGGAUCCAGCUUCACACCACCAAUCGACUCCCCCGUAGGUCGUUUAGGCAGUUUAAUAUGUUUCGACCUGCGUUUCCCCGAAGCCGCUUUACGCCUAACUACAUCAAAAGUAUACCCAUCUCCCGCACAAAUCCUCCUAUACCCCUCAGCAUUCACAAUCCCAACCGGCCUCGCACACUGGGAAACCCUCCUCCGCGCCCGCGCAAUCGAAACACAAUCCUACGUCAUCGCAUCCGCACAAGUAGGACGACAUAACCCGGGUCUCUCACCCCGUGUCAGUUACGGGCGAAGCAUGGUAAUCGAUCCCUGGGGGCGAGUCUUGUUAACACUAAAAGGCGUCAUCAAAGACGAUAAAAAACCAAAGGGAGAGGAGUAUGACGCUGAAGAGGGUGCUGUGGGAGAGUUAGGAAUCGUAGAUAUUGACCUUGACGAAUGGGAAGGCGUGAGGAAGAGGAUGCCGCUGGUGCGCAGAACCGACGUAUAUAAUGAAGUAUAAAACUUCUCAAUAAAAAGGCGUGAAUCAAAGAACAUAGCUAGGAAAACAUUAGUAAUACUGCUGUUAAAUAUUGUCAAGCCACAA